AUGGCGGAGCCAAUGGGCCGGAGAUUCGCGGUGGGCUACGCCCUAGCCUCAAAGAAGCAAGCCAGCUUCAUCCAGGUUUCCCUCAUAGACGUCGCGCGCCAGCGGAACAUCGAUCUCGUCAAGAUCGAUCUCGAGAGGCCCCUAAUCGAGCAGGGCCCCUUCGAUUUGAUCCUCCACAAAACCUACGGCCCCGAGUGGCGGCGCCAGCUGGCGGAGUACUCCGCCCGCCACCCCCGCGCCCUGAUUAUCGACCCACCCGACGCGAUCGAGCGGCUCCACAACCGCAUUACCAUGCUCCAGGUCGUGACCGAGCUAGUCCUCCCCGGCUGCACGGCGUCGUUUGGGAUCCCGAAGCAGAUCGCCGUCUACGGCGGCCAGGAGGCCGUGGCCGAUCUGGACCUGGCCGCCGAGGGUUUAAAUUUCCCCGUAAUUGCCAAGCCGCUUGUGGCCGACGGCAGCGCAAAAUCCCACAAGAUGUCCCUCGUCUACAACCGGGACGGCCUGGCCAAGCUUAAGCCGCCGGUGGUGCUCCAGGAGUUUGUGAACCACGGCGGUGUCAUUUUCAAGGUGUAUGUGGUCGGGGAGUAUGUCAAGUGCGUGCGGAGAAAGUCCCUUCCCGACGUGGACGAGGAGAAUCUCGGGACCCUCAAGGGCUCACUCUCCUUCUCGCAGGUGUCCAACCUGAACAGCCUCGAAAAGGGCCGGGACACAUACUACAAGAUGAUGAUGGACCUGGAAGACGGCAAAACAGAGGACCCACCCAUGAGCUUCUUGGUGGACAUCGCUCGGGAGCUGAGACGGGCAUUGGGCCUCCUUCUCUUCAAUUUCGACGUGAUUAGAGACAGCAGGCUCGGGAACAGGUACCUCGUUAUUGAUAUCAACUAUUUCCCAGGGUAUGCCAAGAUGCCUGGUUAUGAGCAUGUUCUGACUGAAUUCUUUUGGGAAAUUUUGAGUAAGAGGAAUAAUGUUGUGUAUGAGGAUUCAAUUGGGUUAAAUGAGAGUGGUGAUUUCGACAAGAAAGUGAGGGUGUUGGUGAGUAAUUCUGGAUGCAGUGGUGAUGAUGAUGGUGGUGGGGUUUCGAAUCUUCCAAUUUCGCCUCUAAAACGUGAGGAGAAAGAGAACCCAAUUCAAGUAUGA